AUGAUGUCAUACGAAUACCCUCAUCCAGUUUCCAGGACGUAUCAGUAUAAAAAAAUAACGAAACCACUCCUGGAAAGGAAACGACGUGCACGGAUAAACAAGUGCCUGGACGAAUUAAAGAAUCUUAUGAUAGAUGCAUUAGAGACGGAAGGAGAGGACAUCAGCAAACUGGAGAAAGCGGACAUUCUGGAGUUGACGGUGCGCCAUUUACAAAGGCUACAGGGUUCGCAAUCUUCCGGAUUGUCGGGCACGAUUACGAAGAGCGACGACGUUUCGGCCGAAAGUCGGUGGCUGUCUGGUUUCGGGCACUGUGCAGCUGAGGCAUACAGAUUUCUCUCGGCUCUUCCAGGUGAAGGCGCGGAAAGGUUAGCCAGGCACCUCGCAGCUGGUCUUCAAAAGAGCCGGCAAACGAAUUCGUCGCCGAAAACAAACGUGCUAACGCAAAUUCUAGCAAGCUUGAACCUCACAGCUGAUUUGCUAGCACCUUCUCUCGCAAAUUCCACCAUCGAAAACGUUCAAGUGAUAUCAGCCAAUCAAAAUGCAAUGACUCAUCGUGGAACGAUUCGUGACAUUUCUCCUCAGUGCAACACAAUAACCACUGUCGACGACAGUAAAGAGAUGGACACGAAGUGUAUUUCUGAAACGAAGGAUCGCAAAGUGGAACAGGCAGCGAAAAAAGUUAAAACAGAAGUUAAAGUCGAAGACGACGAAGAAAUCGACGUGGAACGAGUCGACGAAGCUGAUCCUAUGUGGAGACCUUGGUAG